GGAACUAGGCUUGAAGGGACCUUUUUGCCCUGGUCUCUGGACUUGCGGAAGCAUCUUCUUGACAAGUUCCCUCUGAAGGAAGGACAACAUCCUAUUCCUGAUGAUGUCCGUCUACCACCCAAAUGGAUUCUAGACCAUUAUGACUUGAAGGACGAAGAUGGGGAAACUAGACCAAAGCAACCGUCUAGAGCCAAGGAGGCCAAUUCUCCGGAUCAUGAUACCCGACCACUCCCAGGGUCCAUUUCGGCAACACUUACAGACAACACUCGAAUGACGCCGUCAGACCACUGGCAGGAUGUUCGGCAUUUAGUUCUAACUGCCUCGGAAUCUAUAAAGUAUGCGCCGGGGGAUAUACUGCACAUCACUCCUCGGAAUUUCCCCCAGGAUGUAGAUAGACUUAUAUCACUGAUGGGCUGGGAAGAACAAGCCGAUAUACCUCUACAGUUUGUGACUGGGGAUGGCUCCCUUGCGUCAGCCUCGGUCUCUGCACCGUCAAUUCCCUUCUUGCUUGGUUCACCUGGUUUCACUCUCCGCACGCUUCUUACCGACUAUCUAGACAUCAUGGCCAUUCCCAGACGGUCAUUUUUCAGUCAGUUUGCCCAUUUCACAAGUGACGAGAUGCACAAAGAGCGACUUUUAGAGUUCACGAAUCCAGAGUACAUAGAUGAGUUCUACGACUAUACCACCCGGCCGAGACGAAGCAUACUGGAGGUCUUGGCUGAGUUUGAUACCGUUAAGAUUCCAUGGCCAUCGGUCUGCUCCGUUCUGCCGGUGCUUCGAGGAAGACAGUUCAGUCUGGCAAGUGGCGGCAAGCUCAAGACCUCGGCGCGUGGGGGUACACGCUUUGAGCUGCUGGUUGCCAUUGUCAAGUACCAGACUGUGAUCAAGAGGAUCCGCCAAGGGGUUUGUACGCGGUAUCUAGCUUCUUUGCAGCCCGGAAGCACGCUGAAAGUGCAGGUGCAAAAGGGGGGACUCCAUUCUUCAGCCAAACAGCUCUCUGACCCAUCUGUGUUGAUUGGUCCCGGAACAGGCGUUGCUCCAAUACGGUCUCUGCUGUGGGAAAAAGCGGCGAUGGCCGAGGAGUACAAGAAGAACCAGAACCGCGGUCCAGACGAGCAGCCCUUGACUCUUGGGCCUGUGAUACUGCUGUACGGUGGGCGCAACAAGGCAGCAGAUUACUUCUUUGAAGGUGAGUGGGAAGAGCUCAAGACCCAGCUCAACUUGAGGGUGAUCACGGCCUUUUCGCGAGACCAGAAGAAGAAGUACUAUGUUCAAGAUGCGCUGCGGGAGAACUCCUCGAUGUUCUAUGAGCUGCUGCACGAGAAGGGAGGGUCGGUGUUUGUGUGUGGCUCGUCUGGCCGGAUGCCCCAGGCUGUUCGGGAGGCGCUGAUAGAGGCCUUCCAGGCUCCACUGGGCGAUUCCGCAGAGAGCAGACAGAUGGCGGAGAAGUACCUGAUAGACAUGGAGAAGGUCGGGAGAUACAAGCAGGAGACGUGGUAG